CGGCCACAGAGCGACAGUGCUCGCGCGGCCGUGCGCGGGUCUACAACUCCGUCUACUCCCGUCUCUCCUUCGGCAACAAUCCGCCACCACCACACCCACCUCCGCCGUCGACGACGACGACGACGACUCACGAAGGAAGGAUUACGCUGAACCUAGAAGAAAGCACGCGCGCGCCGCGGAGGAACAUAUCGCACACGUGACACCACACACACAUCAUCUCUCCAGCGUGUCCGCAGAUUCAACGUCGGUGCUAACCUCCCCGCUCGAUCAGUUCCCCCACCUCCCUCACCAUGUUGUCGGGAUGGAGAAAGCUGCUCGCGACCGUAUGUCUGCCGCAGCGCUACGUGUUCGCCAUCAUGGGCUUCCUGGCCAUAGCCAACGCCUACACCAUGAGGAUAUGCCUGUCCGUGGCCAUCACGGAGAUGGUGGCGCCGCGCAACAAGUCCGCGGGGUCGCUCUCCUACGACCCGGAUGCCUGUCCGUCCGACCCCGUCACCAACAGUAGCGUCAGCUCGGCGGGGACGUUCGCGUGGAGCGAGAAGACCCAGGGCCUGAUCCUCAGCUCCUUCUACUGGGGGUACGUGAUCUCCCACCUGCCCGGAGGCCUGCUGGCAGAGCGCUUCGGCGGCAAGUACUGCCUGGGGCUCGGCAUCCUGUGGACGGCCGUCUUCACGCUGCUCACCCCUCUGACGGCGGCCUGGGGCGGCGCCAGCUGGCUGCUGGGGCUGCGUUUCCUCGAAGGACUGGGCGAGGGUCCAACGUUCCCGGCUAUCAACGCCAUGUUGGCGCAGUGGGCCCCGCCCACAGAGAGAAGUCGUAUCGGCUCCAUCGUGUUUUCAGGCUCGCUGGUCGGCACCGUGGUGGGCACGGCGCUCUCCGGCGCGCUGCUGCACUACUCCUCCUGGGGCUGGCCCAGCGUCUUCUACAUGUUCGGCCUGCUCGGCGUGCUGUGGUUCCUCUUCUGGGUCGCGCUCUGCUACAACGACCCCGCGUCGCACCCCUUCAUCAGCGACCACGAGAAGAAGUACAUCGCCGAGUCCGUCGGCUCCGCCGAGAGAUCCAAGGACAUGUUGCCUAUCCCGUGGCGAGGUAUCUUCACGUCUGUGCCCAUGUGGGGGCUCAUCGUCGCACAGAUCGGACACGACUGGGGGUUCUUCACGAUGGUCACGGACUUGCCCAAGUACAUGAACGACGUCAUGAAGUUCAAUAUCGCCCAGAAUGGAUACCUGUCCAGCAUACCUUACAUCGCCAUGUGGGUCGCCUCCAUAGCAUUCGGCGUGGUGGCUGAUUGGUUAAUCGCAAGACGGACGCUCAGUAUUACAAACACUCGCAAAAUUUUCACAACUAUUGCGUCCGUCGGCCCGGCGGCGGGCAUCAUCCUGGCCUCGUACGCGGGCUGCGACCGCACCGCCGUCGUGGCGCUCUUCACCGCCGGCUGGCCCUCAUGGGGGGCCUUCUACCCCGGCAUGAAGGUCAACGCCCUCGACCUCAGCCCCAACUACGCCGGCACGCUCAUGGCCGUGGUGAACGGCAUCGGGGCGCUGUCCGGGAUCGUCACGCCGUACCUGGUCGGCGUGCUCACGCCCAACAGCACAAUGGUUCAAUGGAGGAUGGUGUUCUGGGUAUCUUUCGCCGUGUUCUUGAUAACAAACCUGGUGUUUGUUAUCACUGCGUCCGGCGACACACAGAUCUGGAACGAUUCUGCCCCAAAUGACGAAGAAAAUGUCAAAGAGAAAAACCAUAAAACACGACACGACCAGGGCAGGGAGAAGCAGAACACGGCGCUGUGAGGAGCCCGGCGGGGAUCGAGUAACUGGCACGAGCGUCCGUGUCGCCGGCCACUCCCGCAGGGACAUGUGCUAGUCGUGAGGCCGGCCGUCGCCCGCGCGCAGCGACGCCCCCCCCCCCCCCCCCCUCCCGGUGCACGGCGCUCCCGAAGAUGAACUUAAUAGAGGUGUAAAAGUAACGAAAAAAAGUGUACCCGUAUGUAUUCGUUACUAUAACAAUCAGUACUCGUUACUAUCGUAUCGUUACUCGUUACUUCUGAUACCGCAUAACAUGCAACGAAUCGAGUCGUAUUGCGUAUGCGUACAUUAUGACGUCGCGUAAAUAAUAAUAAUUAGAAUACAUACAAUUAACAAUAUUUGAUAAUUAACAGUUUUUGUUAACCAAGAAACAAUUAAAUCUCAUUAGAGCGGCCUUAUAUUAUCUCUUUUAAGAUAAUAAAAAAACGUGAAAAUUCGCGAUAAUAAAAAACAAAAACAUACAUAUUUCCAAUUUGUAAAAAAUACUUUCUUACGUUGUUUCUGUUCCAAUCUCAAACGUUGUCUACACACACAAUACCUUUAAUAAACAGUAAAAAAACUUGGACGACGAAUUUCCAAAUUAUACUUUACUUAAUUAACAAACAUCGUUCUUUGUAACAUAAAUUCAUCGAAUAUGCGCGCGCAUGCGUGAAACAUACGAAACAUGCGAGUAACGAAAUAUGCGAGUAACGAAAUGCAGCCGUGUGUAACGUUUCGUUACUCGUAUAUAGACGGCGCACCCGUUACUCAGUAACGAAUACAUACGGUUUGCUACAACUCUAGAACUUAAGAGGCCACUCCAGUGUUUCAGGGGCACCACGCAACCCCGCGUUAACCACAUAAGAUUCAAUGUUAUUUUCAUUUUGCUCAUAACUAAUUAACUAAUAUAGUUUUCGAAAUGACGCUUGCUUGAUAUGUAAGACGAUGCUCUUAUCAAAGCCCCUCUCUUCAAAAACGUGCGUAAAUUAUGGUUUUAUACUAAUCUUUACUAAUAUGCAUAAGUGUACUGUCUAAGUUUGAACCAUAAUUUAUGCACGUUUUUGAAGAAUGUGGCUUUGAUAAGAGCAUCGUUGUCUUACAUAUCAAGCAAGCAUCAUUUCAAAAUCUAUAUUAGUUAAUAAGUUAUAAGCAAAAUUAAAAUAGCAUUGAAUCUUAUGAUGUUAACGCGGGUUGCGUAGUGCCCCUGAAACACUGGAGUGGCCUCUUAAUCAACCAAGACACGUUGAAGAGGAUUUGUAAGCGUUCCCGAUGGAGAAACGCUUCCCCCCCUCGACCAGUGCCAUCACGUGUUCUCGUUGGGUGUCUUAAUUUAAUUAUUUGCCUUUCCGAUUUUGAAACACUGUUUAUGACUGUUAAAAAAAAAAUUAUUGCUAUGUACGACAUUUUAUAUAAAAUACAAAAAAAAAUUUA